UGCUGGGCCAGGCCUGUGGAUUGUCUGCAGUGAGCGGGGGCGGGGGAGCCGUGAGGGGCAGCGGUUAAGCAGAUCAAAAGAACCUGUGCUGUUGGCAGCUUUCUGGAUGCUGGCUGUGGGUGGAGCUUACACCCUGACAGAAGCUGCUAGCUGGAUUGUGGAAACAAGAGGGUUAAACUGAGAGCUGAAAUCACUCUGCCUUCCCUUGGAGCUGAGAUCAUUGUUCCCACCAGAAGCCAGCUCUGUGCCUGCAGCUCCCAGGACCCAGGUAUCCUAUCUCCUUGCCCACAGGAUCUACCUAGGACCAAGGCACCAAAGCCCCUGCCUGGCAUCCCUCACCUGGACUCCUGUGGGACCUCACCCUCUGUAAAUCCCUGUAGGCCAGCCUCCUGCCCAGGAAGAGAAAGGAACGACCUCUGCCCCCCUGGGAUCCUUCAGCCUCCCCAGCUCAGCCUGCAGAGGACCAAGGCCUGGCCCAGGCAGGGAGCCUGGAGCCAGAGGGAAUGGCCCCUGGGAGCUGCAGACCCCCAGCCCAGGAGUUGGUGACAUUCCAGGAUGUGGCUGUGGACUUCACCCCAGAGGAGUGGGGCAUCUUGGACCCUUCUCAGAAAGAGCUGUACAAGGAGGUCAUGGUGGAGAAUGCCCAGAACCUGCUGUCCCUGGGAAUUCCAGCUUCCAGAAAAGUUUUGAUCUCCCAUUUUGCACGACGGGAAGCACCAUGGACGCUGGAGCAAGAAGACCCCAGAAUCUCCUAUUCAGAUGGAGAGACCAGGCUUGAAAUCAGGAAGAUUGCUUCAGAGCUGAGCAUUUCCAUGAAAGAAUCACAACAGGCAAGAUUCAUGAGUGAUGGCCACUGUGGCUUCCAUUUGACAGAUAUCUGUAAGUCUAAUACCAAGAUCAAGAAGAAACAAAAGAAUCACUGUGAAUUUGAUAAACCUGGAAAGAAUUUCAGACAAAGUUCAGUCCUAAUUCACUGUAAGAAAAAGACCUUAGAGAAUGGUUGUUCACAAGGUCAUAAAUAUACAGAAAGCUUUACUGGACAAGUAGGGCUUGUUGCGUCUCAUAGGAAGCCUCUAGAAGUGCAAACCCAUCAAUGUAAUGAAUGUGAGAUGACCUUCAGCUUGAAUUCAGAGCUCAUUAGACAUCAGAAAAGUCAUUGCAGAGAAAUGCUUUACACAUGUAAUGAAGGUAAGAAGGCCUUCACUCAUAAUUCAAAGCUCAUUGACCAUCAGAAAAUUCAAAGUGGAAAUAAACAUUAUGGAUGUAGUGAAUGUGGAAAAUCCUUUAAGCAAUGGUUAUCACUUAUUCACCAUCAAAAAUUUCAUACUAGUGAAAAGCUACAUAAACGUAUGCACUGUGGACAGGCCUUCAGGCAACAUUCAUCACUUACUUCCCAUCAGAGAAUUCAUACUAGAAAGAAAUCUCAUGACUGUCAUGAAUGUGGUAAAAUUUUCAGUGAAAACUCCUCUUGUAUUGUACACCAGAGAAGCCAUACUGGAGAGAAACCUUAUCCUUGUAAUCAGUGUGGAAAGACUUUCAGACAGAGGUCCAGUCUUGCUGAACAUCAAAGAAUUCACACUAGAGAGAAACCUUACAAAUGUAAUCAGUGUGGAAAGACUUACAGCUACAACUCCAGUCUUGCUAAACAUCAGAAAAUCCAUAAUGGAGAGAAACCUUAUGAAUGUCAUCAGUGUGGAAAGACUUUCAGAUAUCGUUCUGGUCUUGCUGAACAUCAGAGAAUCCACACUGGAGAGAAACCUUACAAAUGUAAUCAGUGUGGAUUCUCUUUCAGAUGCAAGUCUAAACUUGAUCAACAUCAGAGAAUCCACACUGGGGAGAAACCUUAUGAAUGUAAUCAAUGUGGAAAGACUUUCACACAGAGUUCUAGUCUUGCUGAACAUAAGAGAAUUCACACUGGAGAGAAACCUUACAAGUGUGAUCAGUGUGGGAAAACUUUCACAAACACAUCCAAUCUUGUUGAACAUCAGAGGAUCCACACUGGAGAGAAACCUUAUGAAUGUAAUCAAUGUGGAAAAAGUUUCAGAAGGAGCCCCAGUCUUGUUGAACAUCAGAGAAUCCACACUGGAGAAAAACCUUAUAAAUGUAGUCAGUGUGGAAAGACUUUCAGACACCGAGUUAGUCUUGCUAAUCAUCGGAGAAUCCACAGUGGAGAGAAACCUUAUGGAUGUAAUCAAUGUGGAAAGACUUUCACCUGCCUUUCUGGUCUUGCUGAACAUCAGAGAAUCCACACUGGAGAGAAACCUUAUGAAUGUAAUCAGUGUGGAAAGACUUUCAGAUACAGUUCUUCUCUUACUCAACAUCAGAGAAUUCACACUGGAGAAAAACCAUAUGAAUGUAAUCAAUGUGGAAAGGCUUUCAGAGUCAACUCCAAACUUGUUAUCCAUCAAAGAAUCCACACUGGAGAGAAACCUCAUGAAUGUAAUCAGUGUGGUAAAAGCUUCCGACAGCUGUCAUCCCUUAUUUCCCAUAGAAGAAUUCAUAAUCGAUAGAAAUCUUAUUACUGUCAUGAAAGGAAAAGCAUUCAAAUGGCAUGUAAAGCUUGUUGGACAUCAGAAAAUUCAUUCUGGCCCCAAAGUCAAUUUGGACUCAAUGUGGGAAAACUUUUAGUCAGAGAUCAUCUUACUUUAUAUCAGAGGAUUCAUAGUGGAGCUAAACCUUAGGCAUAAGCUGAAUGGGCACAUGCCUUUUAAUGGAAGAUGGAGGUGCCUAGACAUCAGAACAUUCACACUAGAAAGAAGGGUCAUAAAAGCAAUGAUCUGUGGGAAAGCCUUGAAGAGGAGCUUGAACUUGACUAUACAUUGGAGGAAUUAUGCUGGAGACCUUUUGCUUCAGCACACUCUUAGACAUCCCACAUUUCAUGCUGUGCAUAAACCCCUUUACAUGUAAUGAUUUUUCUCUCUGAAAUACUAUUGUUUUUCAGUUCUCAAUAGUAUUCCAUAACAUUCAUAUCCCAUAACCCUGUCAGCCAUUCCUCAGUUGAUUAAUACUCACCUGUUUCCUGUUUUUUAUUGCCACAAAAAAAUUCUAGUAUAAAUAUUUUGGCAACCAUUAGACAUUUAUUUAUGUAAUGAUUUCUUUAGUAUGUGGCACAAUGGAGAGAGUGCUGCCUCUAGAAUCAAAAGACCUCAGUUCAAAUUCAGUCUCUGACACUUCCUAGCUGUGUGACUAUGGGCAAAUCAUUUAACCUAUUACUGCCUCAGAUUUCCCCAUCUGUUGUAGGAUGUGUAUACUAAUAAUACCUUUCUCUCAGUGUUGAUGUGAGGAUCAAAUCUGAUAACGUCUUUAAAUUGCUUUGCAAGCAUUAAAUCACUAUUUAAGGGCUAGCUAUUCUUAUCAUUCCUUGGGUCAUAUGUCUCAUAGUAGAACCUUUGGCUAAAAGGUAUGAACAAUUUAGUCUCUUUAUAAUUGAAAUUGCUAUUCAAAACAGUGUGGAGUAAGGCAGUAUGUUGUAAUUAUAGGGCACUGAGUUUAGAAUCAGGGAGAUUUGGGUUCAAAUCCUGCCUCAGAUGCUCUCUUGUUGUGUGGCUCUAGGCAAAGAACAACUUCUAUUUACCUUUAUUUACUCAUCUCUAAUGUACUCAUUUCUAAAAUGAAGAGAUUGGUCCCAGUGACUACAAGCAAGACCUCCAAGAAAAAUCCAAAUUGGACACAAAGCCCAAUAAGAAUUCCUGGAAGAGCUCAACAAAGAAAUAACAAAAAGCAAAAUAUUUUAAAGUUCCAAUAAGAAUGUUAGACAAAAUUUGGAUAAAGAGAAAAAUGCAGUGCUUGAAAAUUAUGAUAGAAGAAAAACACCUUAGUAAAAGGCAUAAAAAAUACUGGGGGAAAAUCCUUAAAAAUCAGAAUUUCCCAAGUGGCAAAGGAGGUUCAAAACUCGACUAAGGAAAAUAACCACUUCGAUAUUAGAAUUUGUUAGGUGGAAGGUAAUGACUCCGUGAAUAAUCUAGAAACAGUAGUACAAAAUAAAAAUUAAAAAGAAGAAAACAUGAAAUAUCUUGUAGGAAAAACCACUGGCCUGGAAAAGAGAUCAAGGAGAGGUCAAGAAUUAUUGUACUACCUAAAAGCCAUGAUAAAAAACAAAAAAGCAUAGACAUGAUAUCUCAAGAGAAUAUGUAGGAAAUCUGCUCUGAUAUCUUAUAACUAGAGGGCCAAAUAAAAUUUCAAAGAACCCACUGGUGACCUCCUGAAAGAAAUCCCAAAAUGAAAACUCCCAGGAAUAUUUUAAACAAAAUCCAGAAUUUGUAGGUCAAGAAGAAAGUCCUGCAAGUAGCCAGAAAAAAAAGAAUUCAAAUACAAUGCAGCCACAAUCAGGAUCACCAAGAUUUAGCAGACACCACUUUUAAGGACUGGAGAAUUUGGAAUAUGCUAUUCCAGAAGGCAAAGGAGGUAGGAUUAAAAUUUAAGAAUGAUCAAUUCGGCAAAACAGUAUAAUUGUAUGGGUGAAAAAUAGAUAUUUAAUAAAACUGAAGAAUUUUAAGCACUCUUAAAGAGUUUAGAGCUGAAUAGGAAAUUUGACAUUCAAACAAAAUUCAAGAGAAGCAAAGAAAAGGUAAACAUGAGUAAGACAUCAUAAGGGACUUUAAAAGGUUAAACUGUUUACAUUCUUGUAUGGGGUUAUGUAAAAACUAACUAAAAAAAGAACCUAAAACACAACAUCACAGCAGGGAGCCAAGCCAUUGCAAAACCCUUCCUGCUAUCUGCUGGGGCCUUGCCACCAAGAAACACUCAAAGCACAACUAGCACAGGUCUGUUCUCUCCCUCAGUUCUAACUACUCUGAGCAUUUCCUGCUCCACACUUUCCUUUUCCUCUUGUUCAGUAAGCUC